AUGCAAGUACAAAACCAAAUCCCUGUUGUUAUUGAGACCGUGUCGCACCGAGCAAAGGGUAUUCAGGCAAUCAAGAAUCGGCCCAAUAUACAUAUUGGAAUACAUUACCUCGACCAAAUCAAGGAGUAUGGAGUUGCAAAUAACUACAGUGUCCUAGUCGGAGAGGACAAACAUCGAGAUUAUAAAAAUCUCAUUUACAGGACAAACCACCGCGAUAUAGAGAAAGUGCUACUCCUACAAGAGAGCUUUAAGAGGACGCUGCAGUUAAUUCUGCAAGGUGCUUUCAGUGAGGAGGAGCCACGCAUUACUACGCAGCUGUUACUGGAGCAGGAGGACGAGAGCUCCGAGUACUCUGAGGUUGCACAUAUCAUCCCACAUUCUCUGACAGAACUUCGCUGGAGAAGUAAUACCAUGUUUGAUACAAGUGUCGCACAUCUUAUUGACGGCCCGAAGAUCGAUAGCCCAUCGAACACUCUCACACUUACUCUAAAUAAUCACUGA